AUGUACAUGACUUAUAAAGAAUUCAUCGUUGCACUGGAGAAGCACAAGAAAACUCACGAAAAAAAAAUUUUCGAAGCCACCAAAACCGUGCUGACUCCGAAACAGAUAAAAAAUUUACUUAACGAGGAACUUGACGAGGAAAUACUGAAUGACGAACACUUAGAAACAUCAAGACAUCAAAGAUUCAAGCGAUCAGUUCCCCAUUACCGCAAAUUAGACCCUCUCGACAUGAAGUUUUUAGAGUUGAUUGACUCCGUCAAAAUGCAAAAUUUGAAAGCCAAAAAGAUUAAGAGACAUUUGCUAGAAUCACUGGAGCAUAAUUUUGAUAAGAUCACAUCGAAAAAAAUUUCCCCAAAAAGAUUCAAGCGCGAAAUGGCAACGUCUGUCGAUCAGCUCCUAACCCUUAUUAAAAAGGCCAAUUCUACCACUAAUGACGAACUCGAAACCAAACCUACCACAAUAAAUAGCGUUAAACUUCGGAAAGUCAAGUUUGGCGAGAACUUAAUGAAAUUCAAUUCUCUUAGAAAUGUAACAAAUCUAUUUAAUCCGAAAUCUCAGCAACAGCCUCAGCAGCAGCCUCAGCAACAGCCUCAGCAACAGCCUCAGCAGCAGCCUAGACAGCAUCAGAAUCAUCAUCUUCGUCAUCAUCGUCGUCAUCGAAAUCGCACCGACAAAAAAUUGAGACGAAAGAAGUUAUCUGGCGACGAUGAUGAUGGUGAUAAAGAUUUCAUCAUUGACGAUGACGACGUUAAUGAUGACACGAGUAAUGAUCACAUUGGUGAUAAUGAUAAUGAUGAGAAUGACAAAAUCAAAACAAAAUCUAAAAGUUCUGGGUUUUCCAAAGAGAAAAUGGGCAAAUUGGGUAAGAAAAAGCUGAGAAACAAAAGAGCCGUACAUAAGGAACUGACGGAUGAAGUCAUUCGCUCGGCAGGAUUCCAGCUCACAAAAGACUUCUUGAUGGCCGGUCCUUCGAAAGAGAUUUUCAUAGAUAAGAAGAUUAUUGUCUGGACUGUCUUUGCGUUCAUUCAAUACGGCCUUUGCAUUCUUUGCUGUUGGAUCGGGAUAUGCAAAAUGUUCGCCAUAUCGGCAUGUUCAACAUCCUGUUGUUUCAACUUAGUCAGUCUCAAGCCAAGAGAUUCAUUUGCUGAACUAGCGGUGAAAUUUUACGAGUUUUUCGAUAUCGAGGUUGAAGAUAAGCCGGACAAAUAUGGCGAUACUUUUAAAAAGUUACUUCCUGGAGAUUUCCCGCCAAUUAUGGGGAAAACCCUGCUGACGCAAUUGGAGCCUUACAAAAACAGCAAUUACGCAAUAGCACAGAGUUACUCGAAGAUAUCUGAAGAGGUGCAAGACCAGAUGGAGGAGAAGAUGGAGGAGGAGAUGGAGGCGAAGGGCAUCGGGAAAGGUCAGCGAGCCGCCUACCAGCAGCAGAUGAAAGACAUGGAAGCUCUCGGAAAGGCGUUCGAGGAUACUACGACGCAAGUGAUGGAGGAGGCCGAUUACGACAUCCAGGUUGGCGAAGACUUCUACGAUGAUUUCUACGAGAAAAAGUUCGGCCAUUUUUACGGAGAGAGUGAGGAAGACGCUUUAAAGGAGAUCAAAGAAAGGGAAAAGGAUUGGGAACUUCCUCCACAUAAACGUCAGAGGCGGCAGAUCGAAAGAGGCAAACAGCGUCAGCAAGAACUAAUGGCCCAAGAAGCAGCGGCUAGAGCUACUCAAGCAGCUACGGACCCGGCGCCAGUUCACAAUCAACAGAUGUACCAACAACCAUACCCAAUGGCUCCCAUGUAUCCAGGAUAUCCUCCUCCCUAUUCUCCACAAUAA